GUGUUUCUCAAAUUGGCUAUUUUCCAGUCUCUCUCUCUCUCCCCGUCCCACCUCUGAAACGCUCUUUCUGAAAAUCCCCUCUCAUUGACAACGGGUAUGACCAGCCAUCCCGAUUUCCGCGAAUUUUAGCAGGAAGUCCAGAGAUUUAGAGUAAGCGUUAUCUGUUCAUUGCCGCUGGUUACUUGGUUUUGUGAAGCUGAAGCUCUCCGUAUAGUGAGAUCUGAUGCUGGACACUGCCAUGGAGGAAGACAAAGCAGCUACAGUGCAGCGCUCGAUGGACUCGAUAAAUGAGAUAGCUGCGAUCUCGGACUACAGGAGCACCGUCAAGAAGCAGUACUGCAAUUUGGCAAGAAGGUUGAAGUUGUUGAUUCCAAUGUUCGAAGAGAUUAGGGACAGCAAAGAGGCGGCACCCAAAGAGACUUUGAAAGCUUUGAUUUCCUUCAAGGGAGCUUUAGAAUCGGCCAAGCAACUUCUCAGAUUCGGGAGCGAAGGCAGCAAGAUUUAUAUGGUCUUGGAGAGGGAGCAAAUUAUGAAACAAUACCACGAGGUGACAGCUCAAUUAGAACAAGCCUUGAGUGGAAUUUCAUAUGAUAAACUUGACAUAUCAGAUGAAGUUAAAGAGCAAGUUGAGCUGGUUCUGGCACAAUUUAGAAGAGCCAAAGGAAGGGUUGAUGCACCUGAUGAUGAGUUGUACGAGGAUAUCUUGUCACUUUAUGACAAGAGCAGUGAUGCAGCAACAGAUGCAGCUGUUCUGAGGAGAUUGGCUGAAAAAUUGCAAUUGAUGGGAAUAUCUGAUCUCACACAAGAGUCACUAGCUUUGCAUGAGAUGGUGGCAGCAAGCGGUGGGGAUCCGGGGGCAAGUAUUGAGAAGAUGUCGAUGUUAUUGAAAAAAAUAAAGGAUUAUGUACAAACAGAGAAUCUAGUCAUGGAUGAUACUGAAGGUGGAAAAGGUCUUUCUCCUUGCAGCAGCAGCCAUGGGAUGAGUGAAAAGGGUCAUCAAGCCCCUAUUAUACCUGAUGAUUUCCGAUGUCCAAUUUCCCUAGAAUUGAUGAAGGAUCCUGUUAUUGUUUCGACAGGACAGACUUAUGAGCGUUCUUGUAUUGAGAAGUGGUUGGAAGCGGGGCAUGGCACCUGUCCAAAAACACAGCAAACACUUACUAGCUAUGUUCUCACACCCAAUUAUGUCUUACGAAGCCUCAUAGCACAAUGGUGCGAAGCCAAUGGCAUGGAACCUCCAAAACGACCCAGCAGUUCCCGGCCUAGUAAGUCAGCAUCUGCCUGCUCACCAGCUGAGCGUAAUAAGAUUGAAAAUCUUCUUCGAAAGCUUACUUCUGGUAAUCCUGAAGACCAGAGAACGGCAGCAGGUGAGAUCCGUCUUUUAGCAAAACGCAAUGCAGAUAACCGUGUGGCCAUUGCUGAAGCUGGUGCAAUACCGCUCCUUGUAGACCUUCUCUCUAUACCCGACUCCCGAACUCAAGAGCAUGCCGUAACAGCUCUUUUAAAUCUUUCCAUUUGUGAGAAUAACAAAGGAAGUAUCAUAUCUUCUGGGGCAGUUCCUGGCAUAGUUCAUGUGCUCAGGAAGGGCAGCAUGGAAGCUCGGGAAAAUGCAGCAGCCACGCUUUUCAGCCUCUCAGUCGUUGAUGAAAAUAAGGUUACUAUCGGAUCAUCAGGAGCCAUCCCACCGCUAGUGACACUGCUGAGCGAGGGUACCCAAAGGGGUAAAAAAGAUGCUGCAACGGCACUCUUCAACUUGUGCAUAUACCAAGGUAACAAGGGAAAAGCAGUGAGGGCAGGUGUGGUUCCUACACUAAUGCGACUGCUGACAGAACCCGGUGGGGGAAUGGUUGAUGAAGCAUUGGCCAUAUUGGCAAUAUUGGCUAGUCAUCCGGAAGGGAAGGUUGCGAUUGGUGCUGCGGAGGCUGUACCAGUUUUGGUAGGAGUCAUUGGAAAUGGAUCCCCAAGAAACAAAGAAAACGCAGCUGCCGUUUUGGUACACCUUUGUUCCGGCGAUCAGCAAUAUCUAGCGCAAGCUCAAGAUCUCGGGGUGAUGGCUCCAUUGGUGGAUCUGGCUCAAAAUGGUACAGACAGGGGUAAAAGAAAGGCUGCACAAUUGCUCGAGCGAAUGAGCAGAUUCCUUGAGCAGCAGCAGCAGCUGCAGCAGCAGGAAGUUCAAACACAGACUGAAGUGCAAGUUCAGAAUCAGGAUAUACAGCCCCCUUCUGGUACUAAUCUCAUUGAUAGUUGACGUCUUUGUUCACUUUGUUUCUUUCCUUUUAUUUUAAGUAUUGAGAGAGGCCUUCUUCGAUGGUAAAAAAAAAAAAGGAAGGAAAGAGGCCUUCUUUUGGGGAAGGGUGGAAGAUCACCUGCCUACUCCGUUGAGUUGUUCAUUUGUUUGUGUGGGGAUACAGGGAUAUAAUACAAAGACAUUGAAAUGGGGGAGAGAACCGAAAGAAAAAGGCGGGAUGCAUCUUACGUGGAAAUGUAUAAUUGUAACGUGUAUUACCGCAAUCAUCCUCAAAUUUUAAUGAAGAGAUGUUUCGUUUA